AGAUAAAAAUGAUUGUGUUUACCACGAUAGAUGGAUUGUCAUUGUGCAUUUCCUCUUUCUGUGGUAAAUGAUGUUGUAUAAAUAUACCCAGAGAGUGUCUAUACUGUACAGUAGCAUCUUUCCUAGGCAUCAAAGGCAGACACGUCUCACAUACAAGAAGUGAAAUAUGAAGUACCUCAGCGUUUUACUGUUAGCUGUAGUUGGCAUCGCCACUGUCGCUGCUCAUGGUAAACACUACGGCUACGGGGGAUAUGGUUCAAGUUUUGGUGGCUACAGGGGGUAUGGUUCAGGAUUUGGCGGUAUAGGCUAUAGAAGUUAUGGCUAUGGUCCGAUGAGCGGUGGUCACGGAUAUGGUUCAUUAUACGGCGGAUAUGGAGGAAUUGGCCAGGGGUAUGGAAUUGGCUAUGGAUCUGGCUAUGGUGGUAUCGGCUCUGGGUCUAUGUAUGGUGGAUACGGUUCCAUGUAUGGGGGAAUGAUGGGUUAUGGUUCAAUGUAUGGGGGAAUGAUGGGUUAUGGUUCAAUGUAUGGGGGAAUGAUGGGUUAUGGUUCAAUGUAUGGCGGACGCGGUUAUGGAUCACUCUAUGGAGGUUAUAGGCGAAGAUAUGGUGGAUUCGGAUAUAGACACAGAAAAUAUCCACACUAUUAUAAGAAGUACGGAUACGGCUAUUGAGCUCCGCCGAGUAUUGUUCCAUCAACAGCAUUCAACUGACCAUCCAUCUGAUCUUUGAAAGCUUGUACCAAAUGUGUGAUUGUUUUAUCUGUACUUGCUGGCCAAGCUGUGUUUAAAUGUGUUGAAGCUGUUAGGCCAAAAAAUAAUUUUAGCAUUGUCAGGUCAAGUCGAAUUAAAUUUCUCCCCUAUUAGAAAUUGUAUGAUUACAAAUAAAAGACAUACUAUUAAUCACGAGAAA